AUCAACAAUGUCAGUUUUAGUUUUGUGCUAACAUAGUUUACAUCAAAAAUGAGCUCAGAAUCAGUGUGUGGUAAGCAGAAAAAGAAAAAAUGUCCCAACACUAUCCGUCACAACAUAUACGAACGCAACGCGCCAGAAAUAAAAAACUGGUGGUAUAGUUUGUUUGAUAUGAUGGAAUCUGAAGCGGCCAUCCCGCCCGAUAGGCGCCUCGACGUCGUAAACGAUAUAUUGCCGGAGAAACUUCUCAACAGGAUUCUCUCCAUACUGAGCUUCAUAAGAACUUGCAAAAAGCUGACGUCUGAUGAUGAACUCACUGUGAAAGAAUCGGACGACCGAAAGACAUCCGCCUCAUUGUUGGGGUCGGUGUCGGACGAAGGCGUUGAACGUUCAAGACGAGAAAUCGGCAAAAACAAUCCCUACAAGAAAUUCUUGAGCCGUCGUCCUGAUAGGGCAGCCAUCUGGCACACUUUACCACCCUUAUCGUUCGAAGAAAUGAAUUUAAGUCAAAAAGCGAAAGCGAUAACAACAGCGAUAGCAGUCAAUUUUGUCGAGUGGAUGCAAAGCAUAAGCGACGAGGAUUCCCCCACGUCCUUGACCGUGCCCUUAGUCCUGAAAAUGUUCGAAAUAGGAUUCGACACGCACGCGGCGCGCUCGCUUCAAGUCAGAGUCAAAGAGAUGGCGUCAGUGCCGGACGGCGUCGCCAUUUUGAAAGGAAUGCCUGACAUGGCUAAGCGCAGUCAACUACACCGGCAACUGUUGCGAGACUUGAAAGCUUCGAAGGAGACGAAGAGAGUUUUCGCUUUCGGAACGAAACUGGACAAGAAGUAUCAAAUUUUGCCUCCAAAGAUGGCAGACAUCGACAAGUGGCUGGUGUGCACCAGAGUUCCACAACAAUUGGAGUCGAUGGCUACGGUCUGGCGGGGAAUUACUCAUUUAAGAUCGACCAGAGCUUACUGCGAGUAUUUACUGGAACAUCCUGAAAUAACGCCACCUAAAUAUUUGGUGGACUCGCAUAUGUUAGAUCGUGAAACAUUAAAGGGUCAGCCGAUGCAUGGUCCUGAUGUUGACCCCGAAGAAAUGUCAGUAAUACCGACACAUGCAAGUACAGAAGACAAGAAACCGGAAAGUCAGAUUUCAUUACCACAUUAAAUUUACCAGAAACUAUGAGACUGAUCGAUCAGAAUUUCUUUGGUUCAGAACUAAAUCUGUCGCAGAAAAUUGUGUAAAUG